AUGCCUGUUCCACCGCAAAUGGCUCCCUUGCCCAUCGCCAGGCUGGCUGCCUACCAACGUCCCUUCACUUACGUCGGUAUCGACUACUUCGGGCCCUUCUUGGUUGCUGUAGGACGGCGAAGCGAAAAAAGAUGGGGCGUUAUUUUCACCUGCCUAACCAUACGGGCAGUGCAUAUAGAACUGGCGUGCUCUUUGGACACUGCAUCGUGCAUAAUGUGCAUCCGAAACUUCAUCAAUUGGCGCGGGACCCCGAGAGAAAUUUACAGCGACAAUGGCACUAACUUCAAAGCUGCUGAAAAGAUUAUCUGUGACAAAGCGCAGACGAUCAACUUCAACGCCGUGCAACCGGCGUUCGUUGACAUCAAAUGGAAAUUUAAUCCACCAGCCGCUCCUCAUAUGGGGGGAGCAUGGGAGCGACUUGUUCGUUCCGUCAAGACUGUACUCUACGCAAUCUGCCCAGCGAGGAAAUUCACCAGCGCGGGGCUAAAAAGCGCACUCUGGGAAGUGGAAUUCAUCCUAAAUUCCAGACCGCUUACUUUUGUCUCUCUGGACAGCAAAGACGACGAGGCUAUCACCCCUAACCAUCUACUACUAGGGUCAGCAAGCGGCUAUAAACCAGUCUUCGAAACCACACAUACCGUACAGCACAUGUGGCAAGCUGUACAAGAAUUCGCCGAUCAAUUCUGGCGACGAUGGGUACGCGAAUACGUUCCAGAUUUAGCCAGGCGAGGAAAAUGGUUUACGAAGAGACCACCAAUAGCAGCUGGAGACGUCGUUGUAAUAUUGGACGAGACUCUGCCCCAAAAUAGAUGGCCAAAAGGUAUAGUCGAGCAAACAAUCCUGGCCAAAGACAACCAGGAGGAACAAGUAGAUCAGUUCAACGACGAUCGUCUAAAGCUACGACAAAAGGCUAAGAUUAAUAUAGAGAAGGCGCAGGCGAUUUACAAGAGGAAUUAUGAUAAGAACAAGAAAGGUGAAGCUAUCUAUCAAGUUGGCGAUAUGAGACAUCUUCGGCCUGCUGGAGGAGGUGGACCGAGACCUUCUGGAUUUUCCAGUAACGGAUCCACAGAGAACCCAUCCGAACAUCGUCUCGAUCCCCACGAAGGAAUCACCAACAUUCUUGAUGAUUCGUUCCCCAAGGAUAGUGGGAAGGAGCUCGGCUCCAAGCACCAAAUCCACAGGAGCUUUUUGGUGAAAUUGCGGAUCAGCGAGCGGAAGGUCAAGCGAAUCCUGCUUCACCUUAUUCGGGACGGCGCGGGACGGAAGUGCUUCAGCUACACUAGGCAGCACCACGGCGACUGCUUGGAACCGUCGCAGCGGUUCGUCAGGAGGAGAAAUCUGUAA